AUGGUGGAAGCGGGUACCUUGUUGCUUGCAAAUCUUUCCCAAACAGCUACAAACGGUGCUUCGCUAUGGGGGACAUUUGAGGCACCGAAAUUGCCAGAUUUUCUCGGAUCUAAUCAUAAAGGAGGAUUUCCGUGGUCCCCGUAUGGUCCCGGGAGCCCUCCUCAUCUUGUGACUCCUCAUACCAGAAUGACUAGAUAUUAUGAGUGGACCAUUUCCCGGGAAAAUAUAGCACCGGAUGGAGUGGAUACAAGUGUCAUUUUGGUCAAUGGCCAAUUUCCAGGACCACUCAUAGAGGCAGAUUGGGGUGACGAAAUUCAAGUGACGGUCCAUAAUCAGCUAUCAUCACCUGGAGAAGGUACCACAGUUCACUGGCAUGGGAUGACCCAACAAGCUACACCAUGGAUGGAUGGAGUCCCUGGGGUGUCCCAAUGUCCCAUCGCCCCGGGCAGCACAUUUGUUUAUAAAUUUACGGCUGAUCAGUAUGGAACAACUUGGUAUCACAGCCAUUAUAGUGCCCAGUACACCGGGGGUCUGUUCGGUCCAAUGAUCAUUCAUGGCCCUACGCAUGUCCCCUACGAUAUAGAUAUAGGUCCGGUAAUGCUCAACGACUGGUGGCACACUAACUAUUUUGAUGUCAUCGCACAUGAUCUCUUCCUACCUCCAUCGCCUGUCCUUGUGGACAAUAAUCUUAUCAAUGGCAAAAUGAGCUUCAACUGCGGCCUCACAAAUUCUACCUGUACCCCAAACGCAGGUGUUUCAAAAUUUACAUUCGAACCAGGGAAGACUCAUCGCCUACGCUUGAUCAAUGCCGGAUCAGAAGGGAUGCAGCGUUUCAGUAUUGACAAUCACAAGCUCACCAUCAUAGCUAUUGAUUUCAUUACUGUGGCCCCCUUUGAAUCGGAUGUUGUCAGCAUUGGAGUUGGCCAGCGCUACGACGUUCUGGUCAAUGGUACUGGCCAUCCGGGAGAGGCGUACUGGAUGCGUUCGAACUAUAGCCAGAAAUGCGCUUCGAUUUCGAAUCUCCAACCGAACGCCCUCGCCGCAGUAUAUUAUCCAGAAACAGACCACGAUUCUAGUCCAAAUUCUACUGCGAAUCCAUACGUUGAAACGGAUUGCAUGAACGAACCGUUGAAUAAGACCGUCCCCUUCAUACCAAUAUUGCCACCUGAUGCUGCGGCAACCACGAAGGAAAUGGAAAUGAACCUCAUCCAAAACGCCACGGGCCACCUCGUCUUCACCCUGGGAGGGUCCACUUUCCGAGCCAACUUCAAUAAACCACUUUUGCCCUUAGCAAACCUCCCGGGUGUGGUCAAGACCCCCAAUAAUGGUACAUCUAAUGAAACAUCGAUAUACGCGCCAGAUUCAAACGUUUAUGACUUCGGUAAACAUUCCUCUAUCCGUUUGAUUCUCACCAAUCCUCUUACUCUGGCCCAUCCUAUGCAUUUACAUGGCCAUAAUGUAUGGGUUUUGGCCGAAGGAAUGGGUAAGUGGGAUGGGAAAGUUACUAAUGCGAAAAAUCCAAUGAGGAGAGACACUUUUAUUAUCAAUGCUGGAACACCCGAGCUGCCUGCGUAUACUGUUAUUGAGUGGGUGGCUGACAACCCUGGCGUUUGGCCCUUUCACUGUCACGUUACUGCACAUACGAGCUUGGGAUUUAUGGCAAUUAUGUUGGAACGGCCUGAUCUCAUCCCUAAAAGGCAAAUUCCAAAAGAAUUGGACCAUCUGUGCAAGUCUUGGGAUGCUUGGUCCAAUAGUAAUGUUGUCAAUACUAUAGAUUCGGGGGUGAAAACGUGA